UUAGAUGAGACGUAUGCAUUUAUCUCUUAGAUCUAGAGUGAAUGGAGUCCAUUCAUCAUUUUCAUUUCUUGUAUAUAUAUGUAUUACUUGGCAGGAACUGAAUCACAGAAGGAAAUGGCUACACCUAACCUUCACAUAGCGAUGUAUCCCUUCUUCGCAAUUGGUCACCUUACCCCAUUCCUUCGACUCGCAAACAAACUAGCCAAGAAAGGCUUCAAAAUCUCCUUCUUGGUUCCCACUAAAACGGCAUCCAAGCUUACAAAUCUUAAUCUCCAUCCACAAUUCAUCACUUUCAUCCCAAUUACUGUUCCUCACGUAGACGGCCUCCCUCCUGGCUUUGAGACCACUUCAGAUGUUCCUUACCCUUUACACCCACUCAUCAUGACUGCCAUGGAUCGAACCCAGGCUGACGUUGAAGUCAUACUCCAGGAUUUAAACCCCAACCUUGUUUUCUUUGAUUUUACAGAAUGGAUGCCGGAGCUGGCUCGUGGCUUAGGUAUCAAGUCCAUCUACUAUAGCAUCGUCAGUUCAGUAACUGUAUGUCUCGGCUUACGUUUAGCAAAAGAACUUGAAGGAAGCAAUUUAAUUAGAGCUGAUCUUACGAAGCUCUCCUCAAGCCUUCCUGAUUCUUCUGUCAAGCUUCAUUCCCACGAGGCUCAAGCUCAUGUUGCUGUAAUGGUUAUGAAAUUUGGCAGUGAUAUUAGCUUCUUUGACCGCCAUUAUUUUGGAACCAUCCAAUCUGAUGCUCUAAGUUUCAGGACAUGCAGAGAAAUUGAAGGACCUUUUAUUGAUCAUCUUGAAAGCCAAUUUGGUAAGACUAUUCUUCUUUCAGGACCAGUUUUACCAGAGCCACCAACCUCCACCUUAGAGCCCAAGUGGGCUAAGUGGCUAGCAGGAUUCCAAGAUAUUUCUGUGAUAUACUGUGCAUUUGGAAGUGAGUGCAAUUUAAAGAAAGAUCAGUUUCAAGAACUACUCUUUGGUUUAGAGCUCACAGGUAUGCCAUUCUUGGCAGCGCUCAAACCACCAAUGGGUGUUAACUCAAUUGAAGAGGCAUUGCCUGAAGGAUUUGAAGAGAGAAUCAAUGGAAGGGGAGUAGUUCAUGGAGGAUGGGUACAACAACAGUUGAUUCUUGAGCAUCCAUCAGUGGGUUGCUUCAUUACACAUUGUGGUACAGGGUCAUUAUCAGAAGCGUUGGUGAAUAAAUGCCAAGUGGUGCUGCUACCCCACGUAGCAGAGCAGAUAAUUAAUGCAAGAAUGAUGAGCAGUAAAUUAAGGAUCGGAGUGGAAGUGGAGAAACGAGAAGAAGAUGGUUGGUUCAGCAAGGAAAGUGUUUGCAAGGCAGUGAAGAUUGUGAUGGAGGAAGACAGUGAGGUUGGAAAAGAAGUGAGAGCUAACCAUGAGAAACUCAGGGAGUUGUUGCUGGCCAAGGAUUUAGAAUCCUCUUAUAUUGACAGUUUCACUGAGCAGCUUCAACUUCUUGUUGGAUGAUUUUAUAUGACGAGUCCAUUUUUCAAUUAAGUCCAACUCCUAUAAGGUUGGAGUAUUUGUGUAGAAUGGAGUAAUUUUACAUUCCAUCUGUGAUUGUGAUUCUGUGUUGGUAAUUCUAUACAUGAAAUCAUAACUCAAUAAAAAUUAAAUAUGUAAAAGUAGACCUUAUAAAUAAAUAAGGUAGCAGUUUUUUUUAUUUA